CAGUCACACACUCUGUUGCCAAAUCGGGAGGACGUUAGUGACUGAAUUUUUUUGUUUUCCGGCCAUUCAUCCGAGGAAUCGCUGCUUGACACGCUUCCAGGCUCGUCAUGGAAGCUGAGAAGACGAACCUCGUCGACGCUGAGAAGCGUGAGGAAGCGAAGCUCAUGCAGAAGUAUCCUCAGCACAUAAAACCGUCGAGCUUCCUACAGAAGAAACUCAAUCGAGGGCAAAAAUAUUUCGACAGCGGGGACUAUAAUAUGCAGAAGCAAGCCGGGGGUCGGAACCGACUGCUUGCGCACCCAUCGCCCUUGGCACCGACACCUCAGUCGCCACAAGCUUCUCCGGCGGCACCGACUUUCCCGAUACCAACGGUGGAUAGCAUUCAUCUGCAGCAACGCAAGGCCUCAAUUUCUCAGAGCAAACUGGCCGAGGAAUCGGCUACACCCCACGUUCCCUUAGCCACACAAAACGAGCAGCUAGAGCAGAGCGCCGCUGCCGAAUAAACAUCUGCACAUUUUAUUCCUCCGCACCCGUUCUCCUUGCUCUGCCCGUCCCCGACGAAGUCAAAGACACUUUCUUCAUUCGUCAUCGUUGGAUAGACUGUCGAGAGAUUCCGUAGUCCACUCGAACAAAUAUGACAAUGACUCGACCAAAUCCCGAUACCCCUUCCCCCGUCGAACCUGCAUGCAAGCCUUGCACUCGAAUCCGACGAGAUGAGGUCCUGUGAGCUGCUGCGCGUUUCAAUCAGACGACGAGAUGAUCCGAUGGGAUAUGUGCCUCGACGGCACCCAUGAUGAUGAUGACGAUGGCCGUGGAGUGUGAGGCCGUGGAGUGUGAGGCCGUGAAUAGCGCCGGAGACGUAGACAGGGGCUGGCUCUGUUCCGUUAGAAAACAUUCCAAAGUUCAGACCACAUUUUCUGACGCAGCUCUGCCGUCCGUGUAUUCGUCCCGGUGCGGUCGGACCAAUAAAGUUCGAAGUCGACGUGAAAGAGACGGCAAGGGGAGAAAGCUCGUUAGAAGUCUUGCAGUUAUUCAUCGAUCCA